AUGGCAGCAACACCGUACAAACAGAUCCGCGCGUCAUAUGACGACGAAACCAUCACCGUGUACCAAGCCUACAACCGCACCAUCGCCUCGGCAGCCGUCGAGAAGCAGCAGCUCGACGCCUCGCCCGCGUUCCGCACGUCGCGCAUGACCUGGAUCAAGCCGAGUUGGGCGUGGAUGCUCUACCGGGCGGGUUACUCGUACAAGGACCCCGGGCAGGAGCGCAUCCUGGCGCUCAAAAUGAAGCACGCCGAUUUCAUCUGGCUCCUGGAGCAGGGCGUCUUGUCUAGUGCUGGUAGUACUUCCUCACGCAGUCCCACGGCGGAAAACGCACCAAGUGAGGUUGAACUAGAAGGGGGCACCUCAGGCACAACAACAAAAAUGCAGGAGCAGAAGCAGAAACUUCCCGGGGUGCGCAUCCAGUGGGAUCCCGAGCGCACCGUCCGCUUGGAGAAACUUCCUUAUAGGAGCAUUCAGAUUGGAAUCCCCGCCGCGCUUAGCGAGCGCUGGGCGAGGGAGCUUGUUGUGAGCAUCGAGGAUGUGACGCAACGAGCGAGGGAUUUGAAGAGGGUCUUGGACGAGAGGCCUGAGGUGACGGAGCAGGAGCUGGUCGAGAUGGGGCUUGUGCCUGUUGAGAGGCCGUUUGAGAUUCCGAAGGGGUCAGAGGCCGCGGUUAGGUUGGGCAUGGUUGAUUAG